UGUUCUUCAAAACUUUGUGAUUCACUGACUUUAAGGACAUCGCCCCAGACCAAUGCAAGGAUACGCAUUUUUUUGGUAGGCUUAUCAGGAAGGUAUAUUGUCCUAACUGCUAUUGAGGCUUGUUGAACAACGCCUCCGUUGGUGCGUGGGCAUCAAAUUGAUACAGUGCACUGUGAUUAGAGUGGUGCCGAGAUUUCUUCACCAAAGCUUGUGGCGGCGGGUGCGGCAUUGCUGUCUGAGAUUUCCCUCCGUCGGUCGAGAAUCAUGGUGGGUCUAUUCCUGCUGACGCUGGCUGUGUGCCACGGCGUGUCUGCGUACACUAUACAGGAACCCGAUACGAAGCAUGAUGAACUAUUAUAUCGCGACUUGGAACUCCUGGAUCAGAUAUUAAAGAAGGUGAACAUAGAUGACACAGACGAGCCUCGUAAGAUGGACCUUGUCGGGACACCAGUGAAGCAAUCGUCAACGAACAAUGCUGCCGGCCUACCUGAAGGGGCAAUUGACGGGAACCGGAACUCAAACUACAACGGCAGAUCAUGUUCAUCGACAAAGUUUCAGAGGAAUCCGUUUUGGCAAGUUGACCUCCAAACUGAACACUGCAUCAGCAAGGUCACCGUGCUUAACAGAGGGGACUGCUGUCAGUCGAGAUUGCAAGGCGUUCUCGUUAGAGCUGGGCCUAGUAGCAUAGUCUCCAAGAAUCCGGCAUGCGGUAUCCGCGUGACUAAGCAAGAAGCCGCCGUGGCAGGCGACACGAUCGUCAGGGAGUGCGAGCGACCACUACGGGCACGUUACAUCACCCUUGGUAUAUUAAGCAGAAAGGCCAUAAUUACAGUCUGCGAGGUGGAGGCGUAUGAACUGCCGAUGUUAUACUGCAUAGACGAAUGCGAAAGCGAUCCAUGCCAGAACGGCGCCACUUGCGAGGAUGGCCUGGGCGAGUUUUCCUGCAUAUGUGAGUCAGGUUUUACGGGAGCCCUCUGUGAAACCAUUUCUUUUGCAGGAGAGACAGAGCUGAAUAUUGUUGGCAAUGAUGCAGGACAAAGUUCAGUUACUAAGGAUGCAGACAUCCGUCAGCCCGGAAAACCUAAUGACGGAAAGUUCACGGAGUCAUCUCUGAUAGGUGAAGACGGGACAAUAAGCAGUGGGAGCUGCACAAUCACUGAACCUGAACGGAAUCCCUAUUGGGUGGUUAUGCUCGACCAGAAUGAAGAGGAACACUGCAUCAGCCAUGUCAGUAUUCUGAAUCGUGGCGAUGGCGAUAGUCAGCUUUUGACGGGUGCUGUCGUCAGAGUAGGGUCAGUCUCGCCAAGAGGGGACAUUAGUGACAACAGCCUCUGCGGUUUACCGGUGACUGCUGAACAAGCUUCGGUGCCCGGAGGCACGAUCUACUUCGAGUGCGACCCACCUGUAAAUGGGAUGUUUUUGUUCGUUACUAUCCCCUCCCAGCAAGCUACCUUGCAGCUCUGCGAGGUCCGAGUUUGGGAAAUGUCCAUGGACCAGUGCAUAAGAGAUACUGAUCCGUGCGACAGCGAUCCAUGCCAAAAUGGCGCCACUUGCGUGAAGGAUGCUGAUGCCUUUUCCUGCACGUGCGCAGCAGGAUUUACCGGACCUCUCUGCGAAACUGUUUCUUUUGAAGGAGAGACAGAGCUGAAUAUUGUUGGCAAUGAAGCAGGACCAAGUUCAUAUGGUGAUGAUUUAAAUUACCGCAGUGAUUCCAAAAAAGCUAACGACGGAAAGUUCACGGACUCAUCUCUGAUGGGCGGAGACGGGACAAUAAGCAGUGGGAGCUGCUUAAUCACUGAACCUCAACGGAAUCCCAUGUGGGGGGUUAAGCUCGACCCGAAUGGAGAGGAACAACACUGCAUCAGCCAUGUCAGUAUUCUGAAUCGUGGCGAUGGCGAUAGUCAGCUUUUGACGGGUGCUGUCGUCAGAGUAGGGUCGGCCCAUCCACCAUAUGGGGACUUUAGUGACAACAGCCUCUGCGGUUUACCGGUGACUGCUGAACAAGCUUCGGUGCCCGGAGGCACGAUCUACUUCGAGUGCGACCCACCUGCAAAUGGGAUGUUUCUGUUCGUUAUUAUCCCCUCCGAGCAAGCUACCUUGCAGCUUUGCGAGGUCAGAGUUUGGGAAAUGUCCAUGGACCAGUGCAUAAGAGAUACUGAUCCGUGCGACAGCGAUCCAUGCCAAAAUGGCGCCGCUUGCGUGAAGGAUGCUGAUGCCUUUUCCUGCACAUGCGCAGCAGGAUUUACCGGACCUCUCUGCGAAACUGUUAAUUUUGAAGGAGAGACAGAGCUGAAUAUUGUUGGCAAUGAAGCAGGACAAAGUUCAUAUGCUGAGGAUUCAAAUUUCAACAGUGAUUACAAAAAAGCUAACGACGGAAAGUUCGCGGACUCAUCUCUGAUGGGCGGAGACGGGACAAUAAGCAGUGGGAGCUGCAUAGUCACUGCACCUGAACGGAAUCCCUUUUGGGGGGUUAGGCUCGACCAGAAUGAAGAGGAACACUGCAUCAGCCAUGUCAGUAUUCUGAAUCGUGGCGAUGGCGAUAGUGAGCUUUUGACGGGUGCUGUCGUAAGAGUAGGGUCGGUCCAUCCACCAUAUGCGGACAUUAGUGACAACAGCCUCUGCGGUUUACCGGUGACUGCUGAACAAGCUUCGGUGCCUGGAGGCACGAUCUACUUCGAGUGCGACCCACCUGUAAAUGGGUUGUUAUUGUUCGUUACUAUCCCCUCCGAGCAAGCUACCUUGCAGCUCUGCGAAGUCAGAGUUUGGGAAACGUCCAUGGACCAGUGCAUAAGAGAUACUGAUCCGUGCGACAGCGAUCCAUGCCAAAAUGGCGCCACUUGCGUGAAGGGUGCUGAUGCCUUUUCCUGCACAUGCGCAGCAGGAUUUACCGGACCUCUCUGCGAAACUGUUUCUUUUGAAGGAGAGACAGAGCUGAAUAUUGUUGGCAAUGAAGCAGGACAAAGUUCAUAUGGUGAUGAUUCAAAUAUCCACAAUGAGAACGGAAAAGCUAACGACGGAAAGUUCACGGACUCAUCUCUAAUGGGCGGAGACGGGACAAUAAGCAGUGGGAGCUGCAUAGUCACUGAUCCUGAUCCAGAUCCCUUUUGGGGGGUUUUGCUCGACCCGAAUGAAGAGGAACACUGCAUCAGCCAUGUCAGUAUUCUGAAUCGUGGCGAUGGCGAUAAUGAGCUUUUGACGGGUGCUGUCGUCAGAGUAGGGCCGAUUCAUCCAGGAAUAGGGGACAUUAGUUACAACAGCCUCUGCGGUUUACCGGUGACUGCUGAACAAGCUUCGGUGCCCGGAGGCACGAUCUACUUCGAGUGCGACCCACCUGUAAAGGGGAUGUUUCUGUUCGUUACUAUCCCCAUCGAGCAAGCUACCUUGCAGCUUUGCGAGGUCCGAGUUUGGGAAAUGUCCAUGGACCAGUGCAUAGUUUCUUUUGAAGGAGAGAGAGAGCUGAAUAUUGUUGGCAAUGAAGCAGGACCAAGUUCAUAUGCUGAGGAUUUAAAUUUCUACCGUGAUUCCAAAAAAGCUAACGAUGGAAAGUACACGGACUCAUCUCUGAUGGGCGGAGACGGGACAAUAAGCAGUGGGAGCUGCUUAAUCACUGAACCUGAACGGAAUCCCUUUUGGGGGGUUUUCCUCGACCCGAAUGGAGAACAUUGCAUCAGCCAUGUCAGUAUUCUGAAUCGUGGCGAUGGCGAUAGUGAGCUUUUGACGGGUGCUGUCGUCAGAGUAGGGUUGGUCAAUCCACCAUAUGCGGACAUUAGUGACAACAGCCUCUGCGGUUUACCGGUGACUGCUGAACAAGCUUCGGUGCCCGGAGGCACGAUCUACUUCGAGUGCGACCCACCUGUAAAGGGGAUGUUUUUGUUCGUUACUAUCCCCUCCGAGCAAGCUACAUUGCAGCUUUGCGAGGUCAGAGUUUGGGAAAUGUCCAUGGACCAGUGCAUAAGAGAUACUGAUCCGUGCGACAGCGAUCCAUGCCAAAAUGGCGCCACUUGCGUGAAGGAUGCUGAUGCCUUUUCCUGCACAUGCGCAGCAGGAUUUACUGGACCUCUCUGCGAAACUGUUUCUUUUGCAGGAGAGACAGAGCUGAAUAUUGUUGGCAAUGAUGCAGGACAGAGUUCAGCUACUAAGGGUUCAACCGUCCGUCAGCCCGGAAAACCUAAUGACGGAAAGUUCACGGAGUCAUCUCUGAUAGGUGAAGACGGGACAAUAAGCAGUGGGAGCUGCACAAUCACUGAACUUGAACGGAAUCCCUUUUGGGGGGUUACCCUCGACCCGAAUGAAGAGGAACACUGCAUCAGCCAUGUCAGUAUUCUGAAUCGUGGCGAUGGCGAUAGUGAGCUUUUGACCGGUGCUGUCGUCAGAGUAGGGCAUUUCCAUCCAGGAAUAGGGGACAUUAGUGACAACAGCCUCUGCGGUUUACCGGUGACUGCUGAACAAGCUUCGGUGCCCGGAGGCACGGUCUACUUCGAGUGCGACCCACCUGUAAAUGGGAUGUUUUUGUUCGUUACUAUCCCCUCCGAGCAAGCUACCUUGCAGCUUUGCGAGGUCAGAGUUUGGGAAAAGUCCAUGGACCAGUGCAUAAGAGAUACUGAUCCGUGCGACAGCGAUCCAUGCCAAAAUGGCGCCACUUGCGUGAAGGAUGCUGAUGCCUUUUCCUGCACAUGCGCAGCAGGAUUUACCGGACCUCUCUGCGAAACUGUUUACUUUGAAGGAGAGGCAGAGCUGAAUAUUGUUGGCAAUAACGGAGGACAAAGUUCAAAUGUUAGGCUUAAGGAUUCAAAUGGCUACAGUGAUUUCAGAAAAGCUAACGACGGAAAGUUCACGGACUCAUCUCUGAUGGAAGGAGAAAGCGGUGGGAGCUGCACAAUCACUGAACCUGAACGGAAUCCCUAUUGGGGGGUUAGGCUCGACCCGAAUGAUGAGGAACAACACUGCAUCAGCCAUGUCAGUAUUCUGAAUCGUGGCGAUGGCGAUAGUGAGCUUUUGACGGGUGCUGUCGUCAGAGUAGGGCAUUUCCAUCCAGGAAUAGGGGACAUUAGUGACAACAGCCUCUGCGGUUUACCGGUGACUGCUGAACAAGCUUCGGUGCCCGGAGGCACGAUCUACUUCGAGUGCGACCCACCUGUAAAUGGGAUGUUUUUGUUCGUUACUAUCCCCUCCGAGCAAGCUACAUUGCAGCUCUGCGAGGUCAGAGUUUGGGAAAUGUCCAUGGACCAGUGCAUAAGAGAUACUGAUCCGUGCGACAGCGAUCCAUGCCAAAAUGGCGCCACUUGCGUGAAGGAUGCUGAUGCCUUUUCCUGCACAUGCGCAGCAGGAUUUACCGGACCUCUCUGCGAAACUGACAUUGACGAGUGUGCCAGCGAACCAUGCCACAAUGGAGCCACUUGCCAGGAUGGUAUCAACGAGGUUUCCUGCACAUGCGCAGAUGGUUUCACUGGAGGUCUCUGCGAAACUAACAUUGAUGACUGUGCCAGCGAUCCAUGCGAGAAUGGUGCUACCUGCGCUGACGGUAUCAACGAGGUUUCCUGCACAUGCGCGAAAGGCUUCACCGGUGCCCUCUGCGAAACAAACAUUGAUGAGUGUGCCAGCGAUCCAUGCCACAAUGGCGCCACUUGCGCGGAUGGUAUCAACGAGGUUUCAUGCACAUGCGUAGAAGGUUUCAUCGGGGCUCUCUGCGAAACUAACAUUGAUGAGUGUGCCAGCGAUCCAUGCCAGAAUGGUGCCACUUGCCAGGAUGGUAUCAACGAGGUUUCCUGCACAUGCGUAGAAGGAUUCACUGGAUCUCUCUGCGAAACAGACAUUGAUGACUGUGCGAGCGAUCCAUGCCACAAUGGCGCCACUUGCCAGGAUGGUAUCCACGAGGUUUCCUGCACAUGCGCAGAUGGUUUCACUGGAGGUCUCUGCGAAACUAACAUUGAUGACUGUGCCAGCGAUCCAUGCGAGAAUGGUGCUACCUGCGCUGACGGUAUCAACGAGGUUACCUGCACAUGCGCGAAAGGCUUCACCGGUGCCCUCUGCGAAACAAACAUUGAUGAGUGUGCCAGCGAUCCAUGCCGCCAUGGCGCCACUUGCCAGGAUGGUAUCAACAAGGUUUCCUGCACAUGCGUUGAAGGAUUCACUGGACCUCUUUGUGAAACUGAUAUUCACGAAUGCAGCAGCGAUCCAUGCCAGAAUGGCGCCACGUGCGUGGAUGGUAUCAACGAGGUGACCUGCACAUGCGCAGCAGGCUUUACCGGAGGUCUCUGCGAAACUAAUAUUGAUGACUGUGUCAGUGAUCCAUGCCAGAAUGGCGCCACGUGUCAGGAUGGUGUGAAUGAGGUUGCCUGCACAUGCGCAGAAGGUUUCACCGGAGAUUUCUGCGAAACAAACAUUGAUGAGUGUGCCAGCGAUCCAUGCCACAAUGGCGCCACUUGCGCGGAUGGUAUCAACGAGGUUUCCUGCACAUGCGUAGAAGGAUUCACUGGACCUCUUUGUGAAACUGAUAUUCACGAAUGCAGCAGCGAUCCAUGCCAGAAUGGCGCCACGUGCGUGGAUGGUAUCAACCAGGUGACCUGCACAUGCGCAGCAGGCUUUACCGGAGGUCUCUGCGAAACUAAUAUUGAUGACUGUGUCAGUGAUCCAUGCCAGAAUGGCGCCACGUGUCAGGAUGGUGUGAAUGAGGUUGCCUGCACAUGCGCAGAAGGUUUCACGGGAGAUUUCUGCGAAACUAACUUUGAUGAGUGUGCCAGCGAUCCAUGCCUGAAUGGCGCCACUUGUGAGGAUGGUGUCAACGAGGUUUCCUGCACAUGCGUAGAAGGAUUCACUGGACCUCUAUGUGAAACUGAUAUUGACGAAUGCAGCAGCGAUCCAUGCCAGAAUGGCGCCACGUGCGUGGAUGGUAUCAACGAGGUGACCUGCACAUGCGCAGCAGGCUUUACCGGAGGUCUCUGCGAAACUAAUAUUGAUGACUGUGUCAGUGAUCCUUGCCAGAAUGGCGCCACGUGUCAGGAUGGUGUGAAUGAGGUUGCCUGCACAUGCGCAGAAGGUUUCACCGGAGAUUUCUGCGAAACAAACUUUGAUGACUGUGCCAGCGAGCCAUGCCUGAAUGGCGCCACUUGCGAAGAUGGUGUCAACGAGGUUUCCUGCACAUGCGCAGAAGGAUUCACUGGACCUCUAUGUGAAACUGAUAUUCACGAAUGCAGCAGCGAUCCAUGCCAGAAUGGGGCCACGUGCGUGGAUGGUAUCAACACGGUAACCUGCUCAUGUGCUGCUGGCUUCACGGGAUCCCUGUGUGAAACUGAUAUUGACGAGUGUGGUAGCAGCCCUUGCCAGAAUGGCGUCUGUCAUGACGAAGUGGACGGGUUCAGAUGUGAGUGUUCCCCAGGCUACGAGGGUACUUUCUGCGAGACCAGUAUUGAUGAGUGUGCCAGCGAUCCAUGCCUGAAUGGCGCCACUUGCGCGGAUGGUAUCAACGAGGUGACCUGCACCUGCGCAGAAGGAUUCACAGGACCUCUUUGUGAAACUGACAUUGAUGAGUGUGCCAGCAUUCCAUGCCUGAAUGGCGCAACUUGCGAGGAUGGUACAAAUGAGGUUUCAUGCACAUGCGCAGAAGGCUUUGCCGGACCACGCUGUGAAACGGUUCUGCCCAAGAAUCAAUGUGAUAGCGACCCGUGUAUGAAUGACGGUAUCUGCAUCCCUGAAGCGGACAGUUUCAGCUGUGACUGCGCUCAAGGCUUCCAGGGAAACACGUGUGACAUAAAUAUUGAUGAGUGUGCCAGCAAUCCAUGCCAAAAUGGCGGCACCUGUGUGGACGGCAUCAACAAGGUUUCCUGCACAUGCGCAGAAGGAUACACCGGUGUUCUUUGUCAGAUAGCUGUGUCCCAGACGAAGGAAAGUGCAUGUGAUAGCAGCCCUUGCCAGAAUGGCGUCUGUCUUGACGAAGAAGACGGUUUCAGCUGUGAGUGCUCCUCAGGAUACGAGGGCGACUUGUGUGAAACAAAGUCCAACGGCUGUAUCGAAAAUCCCUGUAAGAAUGGAAUCUGCAUUAAAGACGGUUUGGGAGGUUCCAGAUGCAUUUGUUCCCCAGGCUACGAGGGGGUCGCGUGCGAGAUCAAUACUGACGAGUGUGCCAGCGAUCCAUGUCAGAAUGGCGCCGCGUGCGUGGACGGUGUCAACCAGGUUUCCUGCGAGUGUCUUGAGGGAUUUUUCGGGCCUCUUUGCGAAUCGAGCUCGCCAGUCAAAUUGGAAACUCCAAUGGUACCAGUAGGCCCAGAGAUCUCUGAAGUAAACGCGGAGACGUCUUUGCUGCAGGUGAAUCUCAUCACAGCAUACUGCAUCAAGAAGGUCGUGGUGAAGAAGCGUGGAGACUGCACCAGUGAUCGUUUGACCGGUGCCGUGGUCCGUGCCGGGACGAGCUCCACCGGGCUCAACAACGGUAUGUGCGGCUCGGCCCUGACCGCCCAGCAAGCCGAAGUACGCCGGUCUACCGUGGACUUCGUGUGCGACCCUCCCUUGACGGCCCAGUUUGUCACCGUGGAUAUCCCACUGCUGAGGGUCACCCAGCAGCAGAUGUGCGAAGUGACGGUCGAGCAGGCGAUCCCAGGACCAUGCUAAAUUUUCAAGGAGCAGACAUUGCAUGGAAUAUCUGCAAAUACGGACACAGACAGGAGCGGACACAGACAGGAGCGGACACAGACAGGGACGGAUCCAGAAGGGGAAUGGUGGUGGGGGGGGGGGGGGGGGGAGGGGAACUGGUUCCUGAACCCCUUGUAUUUUCAAUUUUUUUAUUAGGUGUUUGCAUCAGAGUUUUGGAACUACUAACAUUGUCCGUAUUCAUCACGAUGUCAAAAUCAUGACAACUCAGAGAGAACAAAGUUCUAUUUGUAAUGAUGCUCUACUUGUAUGCUCUUUAUCUGCAUAAUGAAAACAUCCAGUGAAAAGACUUCCAAGUUGUAGAAUUUGUUUCACACCUACAAACUUAAUUAUGAAAAUCAAGCAACACGAAGAGAUCGUCUAUGCACGGGAGCGUAUUUUAUGCAGCAUACAUCGUAUUUUAACCGAUCACAUCACGCACCCUAACAUGAAUAUUUAUGACUCUGAUGGGUGGAUGGAAGACACUUAGGUUCUCGUACUAGUGUUUCCCCUUCAAUUAAACUUAUCCCAACCAACACAAAUAAUUUGAUGAAAAUGGGUAUGGGCACGAACCACAUAUCUUGCGGUCAAAAAAUCACUCCACUAUCCAUUAGGACACUGUGGCAGCUCGACGAAAGCCGUUCUGAAAUGUUUUAGUGUACAUGCAUGACGAAAUGACAGCAAUGGUGUGGCGUCAUUGUUAUUUUCUUAUGAAUAAACAUCGAAUUAGCUGAAUAAUCAUGAUCCAUUGACGAUGUGCGCUGCAAGUAAAAACACCGCUGUACGCGGAAGCAAUCCUGUGUAUCUAUUUUUUUAAACCCUAGUCCUGUCUGAUAUGAAACGGUUACCACACCGUCCCGCGCGAGGUUGCAAAUGGUGCGCAUUGUUGAUUUUCGAGAAGUACGGAUAUUAAAUAUUUCUCUAGUCGUUGAGAAUGUACGGAUGUUAAACUGAUUUAAUGGUUAGUGGUUAAUGGUUAAUGGUUGAUUAACUUCAGUGGUUUUUUUAGGGGCCUUUACAUGGACAUUGUUUGAAUUUUUUUAUAAUUUUGUUAUAAUUAUCGCACGUCUGCAUCUUUUAAACAGGUAACUACAGUUAACAAUUAGAAUACAUAAACAAGUAGGAACAAUCAUGAAAAUACAAUUGACAAUCACAUCGGAGGAAAGGCAUAUGAUGCCGAAACAAUGUGAAUGAUAAGGCUAUUAAACAGAUUUUAAAUAAAACAUAUAGGAAACAAAUGAUUGCAA